CGUAACAGGCCGGGAACCGGCCCCGGGCCUGACGGGAUUGUGGCGGUCCGCUCCCCACUCGGAAGCUUCCGCUGCCCGCGGACGCUCUCAAGAUGGCGACUUCUCUGGGUUCCAACACUUACAACAGGCAGAACUGGGAGGAUGCGGAUUUCCCCAUUCUGUGCCAGACGUGUCUUGGAGAAAACCCAUAUAUCCGAAUGACCAAAGAAAAGUAUGGGAAAGAAUGCAAAAUCUGUGCCAGGCCGUUCACAGUGUUUCGCUGGUGCCCCGGGGUUCGCAUGCGUUUCAAGAAGACCGAAGUGUGCCAGACCUGCAGUAAACUGAAGAAUGUCUGUCAGACCUGCCUUUUGGAUCUGGAGUAUGGCCUGCCCAUCCAGGUUCGUGACGCAGGGCUGUCUUUCAAGGAUGACAUGCCGAAGUCCGAUGUCAACAAAGAGUACUACACACAGAACAUGGAGAGGGAGAUUUCUAACUCUGAUGGGACACGGCCAGUUGGCAUGCUGGGCAAAGCCGCAUCCACCAGUGACAUGCUGCUCAAACUGGCCCGGACCACACCCUACUAUAAGAGGAACCGGCCCCACAUUUGCUCCUUCUGGGUGAAGGGGGAGUGUAAGAGAGGAGAGGAGUGUCCAUACAGACAUGAGAAGCCUACAGAUCCGGAUGACCCCCUUGCCGAUCAGAACAUUAAAGACCGGUAUUAUGGAAUCAACGACCCUGUGGCAGAUAAGCUUUUAAAGCGUGCCUCUACAAUGCCUCGUCUGGACCCACCAGAGGACAAGACUAUCACCACGCUCUAUGUUGGUGGUCUGGGCGACACCAUUACUGAGACAGAUCUAAGAAACCACUUCUACCAGUUCGGAGAGAUCCGCACGAUCACCGUGGUGCAGAGACAGCAGUGUGCGUUCAUCCAGUUCGCCACGAGACAGGCCGCGGAGGUGGCUGCGGAGAAGUCCUUCAACAAGUUGAUCGUCAACGGCCGCAGACUCAACGUGAAGUGGGGGAGGUCCCAAGCAGCCAGAGGAAAAGAGAAAGAGAAGGACGGAACCACGGAGUCCGGGAUCAAGCUGGAGCCCGUUCCAGGCCUGCCGGGGGCUCUUCCUCCUCCUCCCGCAGCAGAAGAAGAAGCCUCUGCCAACUACUUCAACCUGCCCCCCAGCGGCCCUCCCGCUGUGGUGAACAUUGCCCUGCCCCCGCCCCCUGGCAUUGCUCCGCCGCCACCUCCAGGUUUUGGGCCGCACAUGUUCCACCCAAUGGGACCACCUCCUCCUUUCAUGAGGGCUCCGGGACCAAUCCACUACCCUUCUCAGGACCCUCAGAGAAUGGGAGCUCACGCGGGGAAGCACAGCAGCCCCUAGCAGACUGUCACCAGGCCGGGGCUCUGCGGAAGACAGGGCGCUUCAGGGUCCCAGGAAACGGAUCUUGGAGUAAACGUAUUUUUCCUUCCUUUGUAGUUUCCGUGGUAGCUAAAUGUGUUCAGAUGUGGGCAGUCGAAGAACGACAGCCGUGAUUGGAUUGCUGGACCUCAAUAAGCUGCCAUUAACACAUCUGGCUACUACUAUCACUUACUAAUAAAACUGAAUGCCUUUUCCCCUUACCUCAAUGGGGAACAAGCAGUGGGGUGAAUUGGAACGUCCCAACGGAGUUACCCUCCCAACUAUAUGUUCAUUUUCUAUUUUUGGGGGGAAAAGAAAAUUGACCUGCGGUAAAAACCUUUUGACCAUUUUUAUGUCCCUUGGGUAUUUUCCUUUCCAUCGUCUGAAAAAAGAUGACCAGUACUAAUCAUUGUAGUGGCUCGAGUGUGAUUUGACACCUCCGCAGUCGCACCCGAGAAAGACACAUGGAAACCUGCAGCCCGCGCCUCCGGUCGCUCCCCUGCCCACUCGUGGAAGGGGUCUGGCUGACACUUCACUUCUCCGUGCUACCGAAAAGGACAAAAACAGAAAUUCUUUUUCUUCCUGUUGACUGGGUGGAAACAAAUGUCACGAAGUUGUGCAUCAUUGAAGAAACCUGGUGUCUGGGGUGAGAUUGUUUUGAAGAACUGUACGGCACUUGAACAGACUGUGAAGCAGAAAGCGCCGGCGUGCGUGUGAGGGGAAGAUGGUGACGCCGGCAGGGCUUUGGCCUUCUGCUCUCGCCGCGUGUCUCGUUUUGAUUCCCCGCCUCUGGGCAGGGCACUCGGUUUGGUCUUAGAGUGCUCGGGUGUAACUGAGUUGUAAAUGGUAAAAUUUGAUGUUGUGGGGGGGGGUUGUUUUUAAAAAAUUAAAAUGGGUCAAUUUUCCAAAUGUCAUAGACUUAUUUCUAGAUUUCUGUUUUCUUUAUUCUUUGGUAGCUGAACUUGAGGUCAGUGGAAGUUAGAAACAAGUUAUUUUUGCCUUGGACUUGAUUUCUAUCUCUGUUCACUUUGAUAAUAAAAGGGCCCACAGCCUGCCAUGUGCUGGCUGAUAAAUGGUAGCUUUGAAAAGUCAUUUUAAAAGGAAAUAUGUGAAAUUUAUCUAUGAAGCCAGUUCCAUGUCAUUUGUAUCUAAAAUCUAUGCAUAUGGGAUGGACACACCCCAUGUAACGAACACCCUUUUGUAGCUUCAUGGAGAACUCUGUUUUCCUCUAGAGGACUUCAUCUUCCCCCUUUUUUUUUUUUUUAAAGAUUUAAGAAUCUAGCAACAAAUUUGAUUUUAUUUCCGUAAUAGAGGGUAAUUCUAAUAUUUUGGCACCAUGUUGGGUAGGGUUUUGGGGG